AAUGAAUAGAAAUAAGAAAAUUUUCAAAAGAUUGGUGAAUAUCAUUCAUAGAUCAAAACGUUAAAUGUGUGACUAUAUAAAGGUCCUUAUUUUCAACAAAUGAUUUCCUCGAUUAACACGGUCAAUUGACACAUUAAAGACGAACAAUAUAUGUACAUUUGUGCGACGUUUAUAUAAAAUCACAGAGAAUUGUGGCAGGAAAGUUAAUAUAGAUAGUUAUGAUGAAGAAUUUGAAACUACUGAACAUGGUUCAAUUUAUCAGAUAAUUAACUUUACCGAAGGAGGAUAAUCAAAAGAAUAAAACGACAUGUUAGAGAUUCUUGCAUUUGUGCCUACAUUUUCAAAGCUUCGAGGCAGUCCAAAUGAUGACUGGAUAGACCGAAUGUCGCAUGUUUAUACAACAUCGAUAUUGAUCAUCUUCACAGUUGCAGUCAGUUCAGGUCAAAUUUUUAAACAUCCAAUACAAUGUUGGGUUCCGGCAGAGUUCGAAGAAUCGAUGGAGUGGUAUACAGAGUACCAUUGCUGGAUUAAGAAUACGUACUACGUUCCCAUGCUUGAAGAAAUCCCGGAAAAUAUUUCCGAACGUCAGGAUGCAGAAAUAACGUAUUACCAGUGGGUUCCUUUGAUUUUGCUUUUCAUGGCAGUCUUAUUUAAAUGUCCAAAUGUCGUUUGGAGAAUAUUUAACGACGGAUCUGGAAUGAAUCUAGAUCAAAUGGUACUCUUCGCAGAACAAACUCAACUUGGAUCGCCAAAAGAUCGCAAUAAGUCUAUAAAAUCUCUGGCUAAUCUUAUGGACAAAUGGUUGGACUCCAACGUUGAAAAGAACUUAACCUUUAUUAACAGGAAAAAGGCUGGGAAGUAUUUAACAAUUCUUUUCCUUUUUGUCAAGGUCUUGUAUGUUUUAAAUGCAUUUGGACAAAUAUUCCUUUUGAACGCUUUCCUUUCUACUAAAUACAGCUUUUAUGGUUUUGAUUUUUUCGAAAACUGGAAAAGCAAUAGACCAUGGAGAGAUUCCCCAAGAUUUCCAAGAGUAACCUUAUGCGAUUUUCAAAUUAGACAGCUCCAGAACGUACAGAGAUUUACUAUUCAAUGUGUUUUACCUAUCAACCUAUUCAACGAGAAAAUUUUCAUCUUUAUAUGGUUUUGGUUAAUUUUCAUCACUUUUUUGGCAGUAUGCAAUCUAUUCAUGUGGAUUUACUUGGUCAUACUGAACACCAACAAAAUACAGUACUGUAGAAAGUAUCUGAAAAUGAAUCACGAGCUCCAUAAAAAGUUUGAUAAAAAACUUUGCCGCAAGUUUGCAGAAAAUUACAUGCGUGAUGAUGGCGUUUUAGUGCUGCGAGUUAUUGCGAACAAUGCGUCUGAUUUGGUCGUGAACGAUCUCGUUAUGGAGCUAUGGAAAAUAUACAAAAACAAGAAUGAUCAGAAUACCACGACAGGUGAAGAUGCCCCACUAUUGAAUCCAGUUGUUAAAACAAACCUUUGAAUAAUGAGAAUAAUCAAAUUUCCCAAUGCAAUACAUAUUAGGCUUGUACUUCUGUAAAAAAGAAAAAUGUUUUCGCUCGAUAAUCUAUGAAUUUUACUAUUUAGUGUAUUAAUUGAUCUAUGACAGCAAUUGUCUUACAAACUUUAAACAUGCAGUGUCUUAUAGCUGUUUUAUCCGAUUAGUUCAGCAAAAUGACAAGAUGCUCAAUUUUAUUUACAUCAUAAAUUGUUAACAGCAAAUGCAUGGAAAUUAAUACAUAACGAUUUCUAAUUUUAUAAACAGACUUGUACUUUUUAUUCUAUAUUAAGGAUGUACUUAGGUCAGGCUUGUGAAUUUUUGUCAAAUGCUCGGAUUCCUUGUUUUUUUUUCUUACGAUGCAGGGUAAAAUAUUUUGCCACAUAACACCCAUUUUUCUUUUCAUAUAAGUCUUCAAUAGCUCAUAAAAGGUCAUUUACCAAAAUUUAAGCAAAUUCUAUCUUUCUUUUCUUUCGAUUUGAGACUCAAAUAAAAUCAAUGCCAAUAUAAGGUAAAAGUCCGAGCCAGCCUUUUCCCGCCACAUUUAAGAAAAUAAAUAUCUCUGAAAGGAGCUUUUUAAAUUUGUCACUUGUAACGUACAAGAACUUUUAAUUUGAAUCAUAGCCAAUGUAGUUUAAGUUUUAUAGUUUUAUAGUUUUUUAUUUUAUGUUUUAAAAGCUUUACUUUGUUUGGUCACUCACAAGUUGUUUAAAACAUUUCAACUAUUAAAAUGUUACUACAUGUAUAUCAAAUCAACAUAACAGCUUUAAUCGUAUACUCCAUCUUUGACAGUCGAAAAAAACAAGAAGACCCCAAUAGAUGUAUGGUGAAAAUUAGAAUUCACUAUACUCUCUGUGAUUAAAACAUAUAUUUUUCUCAUA